AUGGAUUUGAAUGAAGUGGAGGAAAUGAUCUCUAGAGCGGAAAACCUGUACAAGCAACCAUAUCUCUGGAACCUUCUGCAUUCACUCCCUCAUCUUGAAUCAAACGGCUUUUAUACAGAAGAUGGGUUAGCUGCCUUAGCACAGUUUCUUAAUGUUAUUCAAAAUACUUUAACAUUAUUGAAGGAUUUAGCUAUGAUACCAUUGGAACAAAGUUUCUAUGAAGUGGUGAAAACAGCGCUGAAUUUAACUGCUGCAUCAGUACAGGACAGGAGCUUAAAAGGUUUUCAGUAUAAUCUUUCUCUUGGGGAUGUUUUGUGGAAUCCCCAUGGUGUGAGAGCAGAUCUUGAAUCCAGGUUUGGUUUUGAUGAUCUUCAUGUUGAGAAGCUGCUUAGUUAUACAGCACAAUUAACAAAGAUUCCCACAGGAGAGACACUGGAGCAGUUUGUGUGCUCUGCUCUCUCCAGUGUGCCAGAAGAUGAAACAAACAAAGAAAACAAUGAAGAUGGCUGUAUUUCUGCAUGGCAUGAAGCCAAACUGUAUCUUGUUCAUGCUGUCAGCAAGCUCAGACUCUAUGCACAGGUAUUUGAGCAAUGGCUCAGCAGCAGCUUCUCUCAGAAAAUCCUCUUGGAACUUGAAGGAAUCAUAGCUGAUUUAGCGUCUCAGUUUCUAGAUGAUAGGGAAGCCAGGAAACUUUUUUCAGAGAUAAAUAUCCUGAUCCAGCAGUGGAAUGAGAAUUCAGAUGACUACUUUUCAGAAGGAUAUACUGCAUCUCAUGAUCUGAUUUUGACAUCUUUUAAAGAGUUUUUGAAGAGCAAGGAAAAUUUACAGAUUUCUGGUGGAAAGGAAGUGGAUCAUUUUUUUCGUCUUGUAGAAGUCAUAGAAGAAAUUAUAAUGCUUGAUUUCUUAGCUUCUUCAAACGAGUCUCUAAAAGAAAAUGUCUUGAAUAAUACAAUUAUAUGGAUGAAAAAAUUUGCUGACGGGAAGGAAUCUUCCACCAAUUUAUCAGUUGCAGUUUCUGAAUUCCUUAAUAAACUACAAAGAAAUUUCCAGCCGCUUCAGAGAUUCUGGAUGAAAGAGAAGACAGAAGUUUUCUGGCAUAUAGUGAAAAUUUUAUUCUAUAAACUUCAUUCUAGGCUCUCUCAUAUGAGUGAAGUGGAAGAGGAGGAGGUAUUGGUGACCUUAUCUAGAAUUAUAUAUUGCUUUACAGAAAAUGAAAUCCUUUAUAGAAGUAUGCUAUUGCUCCAAAAUAUCUUGACUGAUGGGCCAGAGUUAAAUGUUACUGCUUUGAACCAUCUAAAACACUUGGGUGAAAGUGCCCUAAGGAAUUUCGUUGAGUUUGGAUUGUUCACUGAUGAUCAUGUCAAUGUGUCUUUCGGCACUAUUCAUAGAGUGAGUAAUGACUCCUCUUUAUUACUGUCAAAUGCAUUUUUUAUUUAUAAAGUACAAGAAUUUGCAGAAAUUGUGCAUGAUUUCUUCAAAAAUAUCCAAAAAUUAAACAGUACUAGUGCAGCCUCACUUGUUCCAAUACUGUUCUCUCUGUAUCAGAAUGAUAAUCUUGUCUUAAAUAUUGAGAGCAAUAGCACUCUGUUAACAUCUCUUUCUGAAACUUCAAAAGAUAUUUCAUCUUUUCAAGUAUGGCAUGAUUUCCAAGAUAUGGACCAAGUUUUUGAUUUUCUGUCUGAAACUUUUGAUCUUCUCUGGAACUUCACCAGUAAGUCUCUAUGUGAAAAGUUACUAAUCAUUUACAACUACACAGAGUUUCAUGCCCAAUCUCUUGCACAGAGAGGAAAAAAAGAGAUGCAAGUUGUCUAUGACAUUCUGAGCAGCCUUAAAACUUUGUUUGUAGAUGAAGAGCUUCAAACGUCUGCCUUUUGUUAUUUGGAACAGUUUCUUGAUAUCUCCCCAGAAUGCCUAGUUAAUAAUGGGUGUGAUGAUUUUUAUCUAUCAAACAUUACUUCUGUAGCUCAGUCAGCAGAGGUUUAUGACUUACUUCUGCUUCCAUUGGACAGUGUUCUGUCUAAUGUAACAAACUUUGGAGAUAAAGUAAGAGUGCAUUCUGCUUUGCACUGCACUUUUACAUGGCUUCAAACCUGCACAGAGAUUUUUGAAGAAGCAUCCAAAAUCUUAAAUUUGAAUUCAACCUUUUUUGUCUGUCUAAGAAAUUAUUUGGAAAAUCUCUCAGAACACCUUUUAAAUGCAACUCAUGACGAACUCUGCAAUAGUACAGCUAUGGUUAUUGUUAAAGCUACAAAAGCAGCAAUGAAUCUAUUAAAAAUCAUAUUUGAAGAACGUGGUGAUUUAAAUGACUGGAAAAAUUUUGAAGCUUUCCUUGCUAAUCUUCAAAAUGUAUUUAACAAUGCAGUUGAUGUCACAAGCUCACUUAAAGGUAACAGUUUAGAAAGUGUUUUAGAAAUUAUGAGAAUCACGUUAACUGAAUUGCAUAAAUCUAUACUGAAGGUCGUUAAUGGAGAGUUUUUGAAUUCUUGGCUUUAUACUACCCUCUCAGCAGGAUCUGAGGGAGAAGAUAGGGGUGCUGGUGUAUUUUCCAUUGUAAAUUCCCUUUCUACUAUUCUCAAGCUCUCCCAAAAGGAACUUGAAAUUAUUCUCACUGAGAUAAAAGACACAACUGCUUUCCUUAAAAGUGUACCUCAAGGCAAAUAUAUGGUUUGUAUCAACAUUUUCCAGAAUAUUACCAAACUAAUUUUAGACAACGCUCUGAAAGACAUGAGCCAUUCAGAAACAAAUUUUUCAUCUCAUCUUAAUUAUUUUCUAAACUUUUAUAGUACAGUGGAUGAAGCAGAGGAUUGUAACAGAUGGAUACGUGGAUUAAGCAAUCUCAGUGAAAAAUACAAGUCACCUUCCCACUUUGAAAGUGCAAAACAUAUUUUAUUUCUACUGAAAUCUCUGGGAAACAUUGAGACAGAUGCUAAGCUAAUGAACGUGAUGGACUUUGUUAAUUUGAUUUUUAAUUUGACACUCCCUGAAUGUUCCCUCACUGGUUCCGAUGUGAUUUGUGUAAAUGUUUACUUCAAUAUUAUAGGAAAAACUUUAAAAUUUGUUCUCCCUGAAUUUUAUGUAAAAGAUGACAUUAAUGUGCUUGAUUUUUUUUUUACAUCUUUAAAUAACUCUGGAGGACGAAUACAAAUGUUUGUUAAUGAUUUAGUGCGGCACUCAUGGUAUACAUCAAAUAAGACCCAUUUUAGUCAAUCAGUCCAUGGAUUUAACAGGACUUUGAGGAUGUUCCUUUAUCCUUUUAGCCACGUUCAGCUUUCAUCAAAAGAACUUUUGACAGAAAUUCAAACUCUUCUUAAAAAUAAAACUUUUGAAAUGCAAGAAAACAGCUCCUCUCAUUUGGAUAUUGAGAUUGAACCUUUCUUGCAUGAGAAAAAUACCGGUUUGUUGAUGGAGUUCUUUCAAUAUGUGAUUAGUAAACUUGACUCAAACUUGCAGGGUGAACAUAAAACACUUAUCCAGAAACUGAUAGAAACAUCAGCUCUGAAUAUUGAACUGGUAAGGAAGGCACUUAAGAUUUUCAAGUCUUCUAGUUUUACUGGCUUUCCAUUAAGAGAUGAGAAAGAGUUUCUAAAGCAUAUGGUAGCCUUAGUGCAAAAUGUGAGGAACAUGGAUGUUGAGUUCUUAAUAAGUCAAUUCAAACAAGUCCAGAGGAGCCUAGGUAAUUUCUUUAAAAAUAUCAAGACGUUGUCUGUUGAGAACUCAGGAUUAGGAAUGUUAACAGACUGGUGGGAUGCAUUUGAGAACAAUUCGUGCAAUUGGAACCUGACUGGCUUAUGGCAAAUAACACAACUCUUUGAACAAAAUGAACUGUAUGAUGUAGAUGAAAUGUUCCAUCUCCUCUUUGAUGUCAUCAGCCUUACAGAAAAAUUAGCUCAUGGAAACAUCACAGAAGCACUAUCUGAAGUAUAUGCUUUCGUACUGACUCAGGAAGCAAAAAUGGCAACAUUUACUGAAGAGGAAUUCUCUAACCAAGUAGAAGGUCUUCUAAUGUUGCUGGAGACACUGAUGGAUAUGUCUGAUAAACCUGCAGAGGUCUCAGUUUGUUUUUCUGCAGCAUUCUGCCGAACUCUGACAACAGCAACACCUCAGAAUGAUCCCACUUUUAAACCCUGUGACUUUGUGCAGAGCAAUUCUACACUUACUUACAAUGCAGUCAUUGAAGUCAUUAAGGAGCUGAAACUCAUCACUCUGGAGGACGGUUCCUCGUGUACUAUGGAAGACUUUCAGACAGAUGUAACUCGUAAUCUGACUUGCUUUUUUCAUCAGAUUAAAGAAUGGAACUCUAUUCUUUUGAAGUUUUCCGAGCUCCAUCAUGUAAAUGGCUCAGUUCUCAAAGAGCUGCUAGAUUUUUGGAAUGAGCUAUCUCUUUACGCUGUGCCACUGCAGGUGAAUAAUGCAUACUCAGCCAGUUGUUCCUCCACACUGAAGAGACAAGUGGCUUUACAAAUUGUAGAAACACUAAGCAGUAUGCCAGUGGCAGAAAUGGAGAUGGCCAAAGGUGUUCUUGAACAGCUGGAUGAUGUUUAUGGUGGUCUAAGUUGGAAAAAGCAUUCAAGAACAUCACUUGUAAAGACUGUUCUUACUAAUGUUAAGAAUAUGACCACUGAAGUUUCCGGACUCCUAGAUACAGAAGCUGUCCUUUCUUUUCUUUCUCUAAUUGAGCCUUUAAUGAUGCUGUCUUCUGUUGGAAACCAGACAUACUCAAUGCUUAUGGUAUUAUCAGCUUUAAAUGGAAACAGUAAUACAGCUGAUAACUUUGAGACCUUCUGGUUUCCUAUAAUCACAAGCAUAGAAGAUUUAUUGGUGAAUUUUGAGGUUAGACACUUAAUUGCAGUGAUAGACCAAGAGUUUCAGUUGCUAAGGUUAGCCACUGGACAGUCCUCUUCAAUGGCUCUGGAUGCUUUAAUACAGCAGUUUAAUACAUCAUCUGUAGAUGCUAUGUUAAGAAAUUUUAAAGACAUAGAAGAGAUUGUGAACAGCUUUCUAUGCGAAUGUAACAAUAAAAAUUUUUCUAAAAUAAUGCAUGCUCUAAUUCUCCUUACGGCUAAUGAAAAUUCAUCAGAUGACCUACUGCUGGUUGUCAAAGACAUUAUUGACUUUCUGGAGCUAUUCCAAAAUAAGUCUAGGGAAGAUUACACUGAUACAUUGUUUGUUGAUGGUCAUCUUAGCAGAGAAAAAUUGAACAAUACUCAUAUGGCUAAUCCACAUUUGCUGAACAGUCUCCUUCAUAUAAUUGCUGAUCUUGCUGUUAUAGAAGAAGCUCUGCAUACAAACAAUGUUGAGCUUCAGAUAGUUGACUUCAUUGAUUCAUUUCUUGGUAAUGCACAAUACAGAGAAGUUUCUAUUCAGUCCCAAAACAGAGCUCUGGAGAUCAUGCAGGAUACUAUAGAACAAGACAGGAACAAGAUAACAUUCUUACUAAAGGAUUUGCGUGAGGAUUUAAUGGCAGAAAUUAGAGCAUCUAAAAUCUGCAAGAUUCUUCAGAAACAUUUAUAUCCUGAUAGUGUCUUACUAUUGCAGAAGUUGCAGUUUACCAUUUUGAAUGUUCUUAAAAUCUUUUCAGAAGAACCAGUUGUCAUUGGCAACCUUUUCUGUGUUGUUACAAAGUGUAAAGAUGGAUUAACAAGUCACUUACUUCUCUCUGUCAUUGAAGGAAUGACUCUUGUUCGGGAUCAUUAUCAGGAUAUUGAAAGAAUGUGGCCUGCUUUCAACAAGGGGGAUUGUGAGAGUAUGGCAUAUGUAAACCAAAAACUUUCCAGUACUUUGGAGAGCUUCCUGAGAGCCCUGCAGAAUACCAGCAAUGGCAGCUGUGAUUGUCAGCUAAUGUUGAAGAACAUACAGAGGUGACAGCAAAUGAUGGCUGAAAAUUUGGAGCUACAGUUGUCAGAAAAUCCAGCAGCAGCUUUUCUCAGCAAUUUUAAUCUUUUGAAUGAUGUGAAAGUCAGAGAGUGCGUGCAGAAUCUUACUCAGUUGAGGCUGGACAUUGGUUCUUCUGUCAAUAUUUCUGAAGAAACUAUCAGUACCAUCUUGGAAGCCAGUAUCUCUAAUUCAAAGUUUUUUUACAGUGCCUUUGUGGUAGCUUUAACUGGAAGGUGUGAUGAAGAAGUACUUAGGCUGCUGCUAAAGCUACCUGAAAACAGUAAAACUUCCCUGGUAGUGGAAGAAUUAUGUUCUUUACCAGCACUGGACUUGUAUACCAUGUUUGUACUGAUUAUACAGAAUUUGAAUUUACGUCAUAUCAUUUACAAGAUUAAGAUACCAUCUGAGACAAGCAAUGUACUGAACAUGCUACUGGAUGUGGUUUCUAGUACCAGCUCUCUUCUCAAUAAAGCCCACCAUGUCAUGGAAAACCUUCCAGUGUUCCUCCAAGGAAUUCAAAAUAUUGGUGUGCUUGACAUCUCUGCAUUGCAUCAGUUCUUGCAAGGCGGGCAGUUCAGAAGUUCAGCUGUUGGAUCUCUGGAGUCUGUAAUCAAGGCAGUGUGUAAAGAAGAAUCUUCAUUUUUCAACAGUGCAAACAUGUUCAUUGACAUACCCAGAAUAACGGGACACUUGGAGGACAAUAUGGCAAAAUAUGGCGUUCCUGAAGACUCAACUCCGUUUUGCUUGAAGCUUUAUCAGGAGAUUUUGCAGUCUUCUAAUGGGGCUCUGCUAUGGACUUACCUGAAGCCUUUAUUACAUGGGAAGAUCCUGUACAAUUCAAACAUCAACAUGAUUGACCUUGUGAUGGAGAAGGCUAAUUUCACUUUUGGUUUUGUGGAAAACUUGAAGACUUAUUCUGAGACAUGGCUUAGGAUGUCUGAGAUUUUUAAAACCAGUGGAAAUAUCCUCACCGUUUCACAACUGCAGGAAGCACUGAAAAGCAAUUUCAUAAAACACUUUAUAGAAAGUAAUUUGGAUAUUGACAUGGAGAAACUCUUCAAAAAAAUGCAAGUAUAUGAAAUUAUGAUGAACAAGAUGUUUAACAGCUCAGCAAGUAAACAGAUUGACCUGUUGUCAGAGCUUGUAGUAAAUAUCUCUUCCUGUGUGUUACUGGACCGUUUCCAGCCUUUUGAUUCUGUUGAGAAAUUGGAGGAGAAGGCUCAUGAACUCAUGCAGCAAAAUAAUUUUUUGGCUAGUAUCAUCUUUGAUACACCAAAGAACAAGACACAAGAUUCUAGCAAUCGCCUUCCAAGACACAUUUCGUAUACAAUUAGAACCAGUGUUCUCUAUAGCAUGAGAACGGAUUUGACCAAAAACCCAGCAUGGAAAUCCCAUCCCCAGAAGUUGCCAGCUGGUGGGUUUAAAUACAACCACAUCUUUAUUCCUCUUCAAGACAUGAUUGAAAGGGCAAUUAUUUCAGCACAGACUGGGACAGAUACCUCACUGCCAGCCAUCCAGGUGCAAGCCAUGCCCUACCCUUGUCAUACCAGUGAUCUUUUCUUGAACAACUUAGGGUUUUUUUUCCCACUUAUGAUGAUGUUAACAUGGAUGGUUUCCGUUGCUGGCAUGGUUCGCAAGCUGGUUUAUGAAAGAGAAAUUCAUCUUGAAGAGUAUAUGAAGACAAUGGGUGUACAUCCAGCCAUUCAUUUCUUUGCUUGGUUUGUGGAGAAUGUAAUUGUGCUCACAAUAAGCAGCUGUGCUCUGUCCGUCAUUUUAAAAGCAAGUGGUAUCUUUGCUUAUAGCAAUGGCUUCCUCAUCUUCCUUUUUCUUCUGGAUUUUGGAGUUACAGUUAUUAUGUUAAGCUAUUUCUUGGGAGCAUUUUUCAGAAGUGCCAGUACAGCAGCUCUGUGUGCCAGCCUUGUGUAUAUGAUCAGUUUUUUACCCUACAUAGUUUUGUUGGUCUUACAGAACCAGUUGAGUUUCACCAACCAGAUUAUGAUGUGUCUUCUGUCUACAACUGCCUUUGGGCAAGGAGUAUUUUUCAUUACAUUCUUUGAGGGCCAAGAAAUAGGAAUACAGUGGGAUAAUGUGAAUCAGCCAAUGGCACAAGGAGGAUACAUGACCUUUGGAUGGAUGUGCUGGAUGAUGUUCUUUGACUCCAUUUUAUAUUCUAUAGGUGGCUGGUAUUUCAGCAAUAUUAUUCCUGGAAAAUUUGGAUUAAAGAACCGAUGGUACUUUCCCUUUACUGUUUCCUACUGGAAGAACCUGUGUGGUGCAGAGAGGAGCAAGAGACAUUAUCUCAAUUCUAAUAUGUUUUUCUUCGAUGAAAACUUCCAAGAAAAAGCCUUUUGUUUAAAAAGCUUCAGACGGCAGAGGCAACCGUACAGACCUUGGUGUGCCCAGGUGGCCCAGCUCCUAGAACAGGUGGCCAAAUUGCAGGAGGAAGUGGCAAGAUUGAGGAGUAUCAGGGAGUGUGAGCAGGAGAUAGAUGGGUGGAGCUGCACCCUACCAUCCCUGAGGCAAAGGCAGGAGACAGAGGCUCCACAAGAAGCAGAGGAUCCCCUCCCCUCUUACCAGCAGGAUAAAGGAAGGGACCUAAGAAAAGGGGGAGAAUGGAAACAGGUCCCAGCCCCGGGGGGCAGGCGAAUCCCCUCCCAACCUUCCUCACCCUCCCAAUUGCCUUUACGCAAUAGAUAUGGGGCACUGGAACUGGAGGGCCAGGAAAAUAAGGAGGAAGAUGAAGGUCCAUCCAGGGGGUCACCUGAGCUGAGACAGUCGGCCCCACGCAUUGUGACUGUCUCAG